AGUAGGUAGACACCGUGUAAACAAUAACAGUGAAGUGUGUAUGGGACAGGUCACAUCAAUUAAACUGCAUUCGUGGUUUAUCUAUCUUAGCCGACAGUUUACUUUUGUCAGAGAAAACAAAUGGUUCUUUAAUAAAUGUGUCAGAAUAUUACUGUCAUAAUAAAAAUAGCUGUAUUUACAAAUUUAUAGUAAAUAAACUGGGAGUUCAUAAUUUGUGACGAGAGUUUAUAUUUAAGAACGGUGUUACGGUCAACAUUAACCAUGUCAAAUUGUCUGGCCCUAGAAUUCAGUGAGGAUGGAAUAACUACAAUACGAAUGAAGAAUGGGGAGAACAGAUUUCAGUUAGCAACAAUAGACGAGUGGAAUAAAACCCUAGACAAAGUUUUACAAAAUGAAGACACAAAGGCAUUGUUUAUAACUGGUGAGGGAAAAUUCUUCUCCAAUGGAAUAGAUUUGCAAUGGCUGGCCGUUCAGAAAGGAGACACACCACGUGUUUUUAUAACGAGCUUGCAACGGCUGUUAUCACGUGUUCUGGUUCUACCAAUUCCUACUGUAGCUAUAUUAAAUGGUCACGCUUUCGGAGGCGGUGCUUUUCUAGCGCUAGCAUGUGAUUUCCGUAUAAUGAGACCGGACAAAGGUUGGUUAAAUUGGCCUGAAACAGCAAUUAAUCUCCGCUUUGGUGAACCUCUUUUAAAGUUGGCAAGAACUAAAAUUCCACCUGGUGUCGUUCAAAGAGAAGCUUUAUUAUUUGCAAAGCGUCUAUCAGGAGAACAGGCCAAGCGUCUAGGCUUAGCAGAUGAAGUCGUGGAGGAAUCAAAGAUGGCCGAUGCUGCCAAAAAACUUGUUAAGGAAGCACUAGGUCGUAAUGGCUUAGGCAGACAAAUUCUUCAGGAUAUGAAAAAAGACAUUUAUGGAAAAGAACUGGACUUAUCGAAAUUAUAAUUUUUUUAAAUUUCAUCUGGACAAUGUGUGCAAUAUGAAGAAAAAAAGAACUACAAUAGCAUUUAUUGUUUCCGGUCAAUACGAAGAUUUAAAAACUCGGUUCAUACAAACAUUCCAAAAGUCUGUUCACACUACAAUUACUUCACUUAAAAAUAUAUCAUUUUUAUGAACAUAUUUAUAUUUAUUUCAAAAACAGAUGCCUUUUCUUUUUACUAUGAAUACCGUAGUAGCUGUGUCGAAAACAUAUACAUGUACUGUACAAAAAAGUUCCACUGAUUUAUAAAACAAAUAUGUUCAUAUAUGUCUAUAUAUUACAUGUACAUACAUUUAUACAUUAACGACUUAUUAUAUUUGUAUUUAUUAACAAAUACUAUAGAAGGAAUAAAACACAAGUAAAAUUCUG